AUGGAAAGUGCCUUGCAGAGCAUUUUCAGUCUUUUAAUUGUUGCAGGGCUCAUACUUGGGAAUUUGAGCAAUGGAUUCAUAGUACUGACAAAUUGCAUUGACUGGACUAGGAAAAGAAAGCUCUCCCUGGCUGAUCAAAUCCUCACUGCUUUGGCAAUCUUCAGAAUUGGGAUGAUCUGGGAAAUAAUAGUAAGUUGGUUUGGAUAUCUGCAUUAUUUAAAUUUAUUUACACCUGGAGAAGAAUUAAGAAUUGCUAUUUUUACCUGGGCCAUUGUCAAUCAUUUCAGUCUAUGGCUUGCUACAAUGCUCAGCAUCUUUUAUUUGCUCAAAAUAGCCAGUUUUGCUAAUCCUAUUUUCCUCUAUCUGAAGCAGAGAGUAAAAAAAAUAAUUUUGAUGAUACUACUAGGAAGUUUGGUCUUCUUGUUUUUAAAUAUGAUAGAAUUAAACAUUCAUAUUAGAGUCUGGAAGCAUCAAUAUGAACGAAACACAACAUGGAAUUCUGAAAGGAGUGACUUUGCAUUAUUUUCAAGUUUGGUCUUGUUCACUAUGACUAUGUUCAGCCUGAUUCCAUUUAGUGUAGCCCUCAUCUCUUUUCUCCUGUUAAUUUUUUCACUGUGGAAACAUCUGCAAAAGAUGCAACUCUACUCAGAAGAACACAGAGACUUCAGGACAAAGGCUCACGUAAAUGCCUUGAAAACUGUGAUCUCAUUCCUCCUACUCUUUGCUAGUUUCUUCCUGUCUCUCCUCAUGUCAUGGAUUUCUCAGAUGCAUCGGAAUGAACUGGCUAACAUGCUUAGCCAGACUCUUGGAAUGAUGUAUCCCUCAGCUCACUCAUUUAUCCUGAUUCUGGGAAACUCUAAGUUAAGGCAGGCUUCUCUUUCAGUGGCACUGAAGUGUGGACAAAGAUGA